AUGUUGAAAGAUAUAGGACUGGAGUACUGCCAAAUUGUGAGGUUCCAUCACAGAAUUCCUAUAAGGUUGAAGAGCCAAGCUGAGUCAAAUUGUGGUCCAAUAGCACAACAAUGUGAUGGAGGAAAUGAUAUGGGUGAUAGUAUAAAUAUGGCUGAUGUAAAUGCUAGUGUUGUGGCUUUUGAUAAUUCAUCAGACAGUGACUCAUCUCAGUAUAAUGAACAAUCAGAAAGUUUAGCUUCAGAUGAUGAGUAUUUCUAUGAUAGUGAAUAUGAUGGGGAUGAAGUGCAGAUGCAUGAUAUAGUGUUAAAUGAAGAUGUGAGACUGAGGAAUGAAAUAGAAAAAGAGAAUGGUACUAAAAAAAAUAAAGGGAAAGGGGUUUAUAGAGGUAGGAGUUAUACAAUAAUGGGUGGGAAUGGUAGAGCUAUGUUGAAGAUUGUGAUUCAAAUGAGCUAA